CACUGUUAGGCAGCACUGAUAGGCAGCACUGAUGGGCACUGAUAGGCAGCACUGACUGGCAUUGAUAGGUGGCACUGAAAGGCAGCUCAGAUGGGCACUGAUAUGUGGCAUUGAUGUGCACUGGUAGGCACUGAUAUGUGGCAUUGAUUGGCACUGAUGUGUAGCAUUGAUGUGGCACUGAUGGGCACUGGCAGGUGGCGCUGCUGGUGCUACACUGAUCAACAGGGCACACCGAUCAUCAGUGCCCUGAUGAUCACUGUCAGCAUGACAGCUCGUGAGGAGAGAAAUGCCAAUAACCGGCAUUUCCCCAUUUACAUGCAAUCAGCUGUGAUUGAACAG